AGUACUGCGUCAUUCCAAUAUGGCGUCGUGCUGAGCUUGUAGAUCAGCAACAAAACUAAGUCGGUCGGCUGCACAGUUCGCUUUGAGACCCUCCACCGCAAUUCAAAAAUGUCCACACAGGAGGUAAGGUAAACAUAGCACCCUGACACGUCUUGACAACUCAGGAGCCCAACAGCGUCCAGAAGAAGAGCUUUGAGGACGCGUCUGACGUCGCUUUGCGUUUUCCAGCAGUGAUGUCACGGACGGAUGUUUCUGCGGAUACUACACCCUUCUUCUCAGAUGAUACUGAGGGGGAGGGGCCUACUGACAACGGGGUGGGAUCUCCUCAGUCUGAGGAGGAGGAGCCUGUCAGUGGAGUGUCUGAUAGAAGAGCUAAAGUGACUGUGGCUGUGCUCUGCUACAUCAACCUACUCAACUAUAUGGACCGAUUCACUGUGGCAGGUGUACUUCCAGACAUUGAGCAUUUCUUCAACAUUAGUGAUGGAACAUCAGGGCUACUUCAGACAGUCUUCAUCUGCAGUUACAUGUUCUUGGCUCCUCUGUUCGGAUACCUGGGUGACAGGUAUAACAGGAAGUUGAUCAUGUGUGUGGGAAUUUUUUUCUGGUCCCUAGUGACAUUAGCCAGCUCCUUCAUUGAAAAAGACCAUUUCUGGGCGUUGUUGUUGACUCGAGGGCUGGUGGGUGUUGGGGAGGCCAGUUACUCCACAAUUGCUCCCACCAUCAUCGCUGACUUGUUCAUCAAGGAGACGAGGACCAACAUGCUGUCCAUUUUCUACUUUGCAAUCCCAGUGGGCAGUGGUCUGGGUUAUAUCGUGGGCUCAAAGGUGGAUGAUGUGGCUGGUGAUUGGCACUGGGCUCUUCGGGUGACCCCUGGUCUGGGGCUGCUGGCUGUCAUCCUUUUGUUUGUUGUAGUUCAGGAACCGAAGCGCGGUGCGAUCGAAGCUCGUCCAGAGCACCCGCUGCAAAGAACCAGCUGGUUGGCGGACAUAAAAGCACUCUGCAGGAAUCCAAGUUUUGUUCUGUCCACGUUUGGCUUCACGACUGUGGCCUUUGUGACAGGAUCACUGGCCCUGUGGGCCCCUGCCUUUUUAUUCAGAGCGGGCGUCUUCACUGGAGAGAAGCAGCCGUGUUUAAAAGCACCCUGUGACAACUCUGACAGUCUGAUUUUUGGCAUCAUCACAGUUGUGACGGGCAUCUUGGGCGUAGCGAGUGGAGUGCAGGUCAGCAAGAAGCUGAGGAUCAGAACUCCCCGAGCUGAUCCGCUAGUCUGUUCUGCAGGACUCCUCCUUGCUGCUCCCUUUCUCUAUCUGUCCAUCAUGUUUGCUGAGGCUAGCACUGUGGCCACAUAUGUCUUUAUCUUCCUAGGUGAGACAUUCCUGUCUAUGAAUUGGGCCAUUGUUGCUGAUAUCCUACUGUAUGUUGUGAUCCCCACACGGCGCUCCACAGCGGAAGCUUUUCAGAUUGUGCUCUCGCACUUGCUGGGCGACGCUAUUAGCCCUUACCUCAUAGGAGUGGUGUCAGACUCUAUAAAGAAGUCAGACUCAUACAUGUGGGAGUUUCGCUCGCUUCAGAUGUCACUGCUGCUGUGCUCCUUUGUGGCCGUGGGGGGUGGAGCAUUUUUUCUGGCCACAGCCAUCUUCAUCGAGAAAGACAGGGAGCUGGCUGAGAACUACGUGCCCUCUGAUGACGCACCAAUUGUUGUUCCCAAGAGAGGGAGAUCCACUAAAGUCUCAGUGUCAAGUGUUUUAAUUUGAGAUGACGCAAGGAUUUGGAUGGUUCUCAACACAGGGAACCUCACUCUGAUUGGCCCUAGGCAGAGCCAGUGUCGUCAACAGCCAAUCCUGGAGCAGGACUACCCCCAUAAUAGGGAGUUUUAUAGUAAUUUAUUAUGCUUAUGUUUUUGUUUAUAUCCUUAACACUGAUACUGAUUUGGGAACAUUCUGAACUAACAAAACUAUCAGGAACAUCUUACCAGGAAGUCCUGUGUGCCGUUGACAGUUCUGCCUUCCACCCGGAUGAGUCCUGUGGGAGGAGGCCGAGGCGCACAGGG